AAUCUCAUGCUGCCGCUCUCCUUCCUCGUACUCUCCAUGUCCAACUCGAGAUCCUAGGUCACACGACACUGCAUUGACUGCAUUCUCUCGUCCUCUCUCGACCACAGCUGGUUCCUUUGCACCUACUCUACCCAGCUCCCCCCUCUCUCUCCAAACUUGGGAACCUGCUAUACCACACACUCCUUUUCACUUGAAAACCCCAUCAUGACCAUCCUACAUGUGCCACCGCGCACACCUCGCGGUCCAACCAUCUUCGGCAUGCCGGCCAAACAAGUCUCCCUCAUCACGCUGAUUUGGCAAAACUCGGCCCUCAUCCUCGUCAUGCACUACUCUCGUGUCAUGCCCGCUCCAGGUGAGCGUAGGUAUCUCACUUCUACCGCCGUCUUUCUGAGCGAGGUUAUCAAGCUCGCCAUCUGUCUCUGCUGCUCCAUCGCCGAGACUUCCCGCACCCUCGCACCCUCCACACCCAUAUCCGUCCUCUUUCAGCAAAUAUACAACGCCGUCUUCUCCGGCGAUGGCUGGCAACUGGCCGUGCCCGCCGUCCUGUACACCAUUCAGAACACCCUUCAAUACGUCGCGAUCGGCAACUUGGACGCCGUCCAUUUCCAGGUCUUGUCCCAGUUCAAGAUCCUGGCCGCCGCCCUCUUCUCCGUUAUCAUCCUCCGCCGCACCCUCGGCCCCAAGCGCUGGCUCGCCCUCUUCAUCCUCACCCUGGGCGUGUCCGUGGUAUCCCUCCCCCAAUCCGACUCCCGCGAAUCCUACUACAGCAACAUCCUCCUCCCCCACAGCAGCGACCACUUCUUCCCCCGCUCCGUUCACGAGCUGGGCCACGUCGCCACCGAGACCCUCGACCGCGUCCUCGGCAAGCGCUCCGCCUCCUACCAGGGCAUCGAGGAGGACGAGUUCCCCUCGCUCGCCGCCACGAACUACAGCGUCGGCCUCAUCGCCGCCGUUGUCUCGGCCGCCAGCUCCGGGCUCGCUGGCGUCUACUUUGAGAAACUAAUCAAAGAACCCACCGCCGCGUCCCCCUCUACCGCCCCGGCCUCUAUCUGGACCCGCAAUGUCCAGUUGUCCGUCUACUCCCUCCUCCCCGCCGUCGUCAUUGGCAUUUUCUUCCAGGACGGCGCCGAGAUCGCCCGCCGGGGCUUCUUCGACGGGUACAACAUGACUGUCUGGGCCGCUGUUAUUCUGCAGGCUCUCGGCGGUGUUGUUUCCAGCCUGUGCAUCAACUACUCCGACAACAUUGCCAAAAACUUUGCCGCCAGCAUUAGCAUCAUUGUCAGUUUUGUUUUCAGCGUGUUGUUCUUUGACUUUGAAUUCAACAUGAUGUUCGUCCUCGGCACCUCCCUCGUCAUGGGCGCUACCUACCUCUACAGCCUCCCCGACCGCAAGAGCCGCCCCGCGCCUCUCCGCAUCGCCGCCUACGAAAAACCCGCCAUCGACCCGGCCUACACGCCGCGCACGGCCAUCGAGCCCAGGAUGAUGCUGGAUCCCCUCGACGCCGUGCGGCCUGGCUCCAUGGCCCUGUCGACGUCGAGACCCGCCUCACCCAUGCCGCAGCACACUCGCGCACCGUCGGCGAGGGGUAAGCGGGAGGAUUGAAACUGCGAAAGCGGAAAUAAGCGUGCCCAUGAUAUUCAUCAAUCUCCUUUUUUUUUUCUCCGACUGCAACGGAUGAAACAA